AUGGGGAGCGCGGAGCGGAACCUGAGGCGGGGCUCGGCCCUGGCGGCGGGCGCCGAUUGGCGAACUGCGAAUCUCCCCGCUGCCUUACAAGGCGGUGCGAGGCGAGCUAUUUUUAGAGGGCUAUAUAACAGGGUUGAGGCGGCCGCAGAGCGGCCGGGUAGCGUGAGCGCGAGGGACGGGGAGGGUCGCGGCGACACUCUCGCCGGCUCCCGGGACGCCGAGGCAGCUGGGUUCGGGCCGCACGCCGGCCUUCGACCUUCGCUUUGGUGCCAGAUGGAAACGGGCGGCCGGAGCUGGUGCCCCUCAGAAGGGAGAGGGUCGCGUAUCGCCAUUCUGGCGUGGACGCGGCCGGUCAGGAGCUACCAGAAUGCAGAGAAGAAGCGCCGGAGGAGGAAGUGCCACACAAUGGAACAGAACAAAGGGGAGCGGCGCGCAGACAGCGGCCCAGGGCCCGCCCCGCGCGCAGGCCCCGCCCCCAGCCCGCCGGCGCCAAAGAGCGCGCCGCCGCGCCCCCAACCCCCUGCCCAGCCCUCUGACCCCGCGCUGGGGACCCGGCGAGGGUCGGAGUGCCAGCUAGAGUUAAUUGGAAGGGGAAGUAUUACAAGAAGUGUGUGUUAAAGACAAUAGAGGGAAUCCGGGUAGACGUGAGGUGCUGGCAGAAGUAGGCAACUUGUUUGGGGUCUUAAACGUGAGGCCCCUCUUGUGACUUGAAGAUAAAGUGUCAGUCAGCCAAGCUGCGGUGGUGAGAGGAGGACCCAAAUUGUGUUUUCGAUACAGCUAGCGUAUAGAGAUGUGUAGAUCUAGACCCUAUUAUCUCUUAGCUGAAAGCCCUGCACUAUGCCAGUUGCUAGGGUUGACCAGUUGUUUGCUUGACCUUAAAUGGUUAGUGCGGCUGAAGCUUCCCCAAAAUGCACUGUGAGCUGAACUUCCACUUUUGGAAUGAUUGCAGAAUUUGGUACUUAGUCAGAAAUGAGAAACUUAAUUCAACUCAUAAUGGAAGAAACACAUCCAUGUUAAUCACCCUUCUCAACUCUCUCCUGACAAUGUGGAACUCCAUAUCACAAUAUUUGAAAGAUUCUACUUUAUAGGACAAACACAGUUUGAAAUUCAAUAUUUGCCAGGGGAAAUUAAACGGGAAUUAUUGAGUUGAGGAAAGUUUAUUUACUUUUUGAUGUCCUGAAUUCUGUUGGUCAGAUCUACAGCAUCCAGUGUAUGUGUAUAAAAUCGGUGCACUUACUGCAAGUGUAUGCACAAGAAAUGCACAAGGAUCUUGGUGCGCUUAGUGUUUUGUAUACACAUUCGUGGUACUAGGAGAUAAAUGGUAUAAAAAGGUUAAAAGUCCUACAUGAAUAAGGUGAUAUUAUGAUAGCAUACAUAUAAGUGCCAGUAUGCAAAGGCUAUGUGGGCCUUUCCUGUAAGCAGAAAACCACUUAGAGCCAUCACACCCCAAUUAAUGCAUUAACUGGAUCCUUAUGACCAUUGAUAGUACCACUUACUAGCUGUGUGUCUUUGAGCCAAUUACUGGCUCAGACCCUCAGGCUACCUUUCUCAGAAACAGGAAUAGUGGUAUCUACUUGCCUGAUUCUUAUGAACAGUCAAGAUGUCCUAAAAUAAUGUUUGUAACUCACCUGACAUACUGUAUCUGGUGCUAUUAGGUGAAUACUAAAUGUUAGCUGUUAUUAUCUCCUGGCUUUAGCUGAGUACAUAUAUCUGAACUAAUCAGGCUCAUGGGGGGAUAUACCAGAGUCUUAAGGAAGGAGGAAGAUAAAAACCUCUUGCCUAUUUGGAAUAAUGUCUCCCCUUACCCCCCACCCCCACCCCACAUGAUAUUCUGACUGGGUGGGGAUAGGGAGGAGACCACCCAGAAAUACUGGGGCAGAAGAUAUGUUCAGAAGUAAUAGGGGAAGAAAAGGAAGCUAAAUAUAGGAAACUCAGGAGGCAAAAGACAAGGGAAGACCAAAGAACCUAAUGUUUGAUGUUGGAAACUCAACUGAAUUUUUUUUUGUUUUUGCAUUAUGCUAUUACCAUUUUGAACAAAAUAUGACAUACCUGUUAACUUAGGAGUCCAAAGAUUUUACAAGUAAUAUUUAUUAAGCACAAUGUACCAAGCUGCAAGGGCACAUAAACAUUUUAUAUGCAAUUUCACCUUUCAUCUUCAUGACAAUCCCAAGGUAAGUGUUUUUGUUAUUCCUAACUUUAUGGAUAAAGAUACCCAAGGUUGGAAAUACUAAGUUGCUCAAGGUUAGACAACCAGGAAGCAGCCAAACAGGGGUUCAAACCUAGGAGCACCUGACUUCCAAGCUUGUGUUCUGAAUGGGGCUUUCUGCACGGUAAAAGACUGGGUUUCUUGGUUUUAAGUCAAGAUUUGUUUAUAAAAAACUUCUUCAGUGUGGAAAAGGGAGGCUUCCAUUGAGGUUUUUCUCAUGUAAAUUGCCAUACUAAUAGAAGAAUUCAACCAAAAUUUUAGUGUAAAUCCUAAAACCCUCAUUAUGACUUUUUUCAAAGUUUCUAGAAUUCAUUCUAAGAGAUUUUUCCAACAAGACUCUUCUAAAGGCACGUUUUCAAAAUUAGUCAUGUUUAGCUAACUUUAAUAGCCUAAAGACACUUGGUUCACAUUGCAAAGCACAUGCAAAGGAUCUGAAGGUACAAAAUAAUCAACAAAUUAAGAUCACAAGGGAACUUUGGCAGUCAAAAAAACAAAACAAAAAUAAGUAGCACUGCUGUGACUAUUGCGUACUGAAUGCUUUCCCUAUACCUGGGAUUUUAAACGUGUUCAAGUCUGAUCUUCACCACAGUCUUUUGAGGGGGCUAUUAUUGCUCCAUUUUCACAGAUGAAAAUACCAAAGUUCAGAGGGUUCACAUAAUUUGCCCAUUGUUACAUGUCUCAGUGGCAAAAGCUGAUUCAAAUAUAGGUCUGACUCCAAGUUCACUCCAAAAUCUAUGUCUCCCGCAUGUGUUGCCUUAGAAGACACUGAUGAUACUUUUAAAAAUAUCAGCCUUUGAAAAUUAUCGUAUAGGAAACACCUAAGAGUAAAUAAUAAGUUCAUUUUAUUAUGAGGAUAUUUAUGACCAAAAUAGUAAAAAUUUUAUAUGUAAAUAGAAGCAGCCAAGACAUCAGACUGUUACUACCAGAAAAGUUCUGUGCCAUAAGUACAGGAAGUGCUUAUUAUCCUAGUGUGAUUAGCACUGAGAAAGCUUCCUUAAAGUAAGUCUACUUAAAACAGGGACCAAAUUUUAGAGCAAUUAGUGAAAAAAGGUUUGCCAAGACUUUUUUUGAAAAUAAAACUCAACAUUUU